AUGAAGGACAUGUUGGCAGAUUCUGUUGACGAGAAUGAACUCUGUAAAAUUGAUUCCCAGACGAACAAGGACGAGACGGACAUGGAAAACGACAUAGCUCGCUUUCUGAACCCUGCCUUUACCCAGAUCGUCGAGGGCAAGGAGAACGAGGGCCUGUACCAGGGAUGGCCUGGCGAUGAUCGAAUCUGCGAUAUUGCAGAUAAAUUUGGAGGUCUAUUAAUUUAUGCGGCUACCGUAUGUCGGUUCCUCGGCGGCCUGAAGCCAAGCAAGGUUAUACUAGAGUCAAGACUGCAGAAGAUAUUCGAUGGCAAAGUUUCUGGAAGAAGCCCGCAGGCGAGCCUCGUUGCCAUUUACAGCCGCAUACAAUCUGCCAUGAUGGAAGGGCUAGAUGUGGACGAAGAAGAAGACAUCAUAAGUCGAUUCCGCUUAGUGGUUGGAUCUAUAAUCAUUGUGCUUGGGCCGCCUACAUUCGAAAUACUGUCUAAAUUGAUCGAAAUUCCAGAAUCGGACAUCCGCGGGGACCUGAAAGGUCUUCAUUCAGUUCUUUUCUUCAAAAACUCCCCAAUGUCUACAAUACAGUUGCUUCAUCUCACGUUUCGAGAUUAUCUGCUUGAUGAAAGAAGAUUACCCAUUGCAUGGUCAUCGGAUAGCAAAGUGAUCGCUUUCCCUGACUAUAGCCACAUGACGAUUUGGAACUUCUCAAAAGAAGUCCUGGCACAGUCUUUGGACGCCACUUCGCUAGAGCUUCUUGCCCUCGCGUUCUCACCCGGGGAUCAGCUUUUGGCAGCGAUGGCCAAUUUUGGGACUCUUCUACUUUUCCAGCCUGGAAGUUCUGGAGAUACUAAGUACUAUAAAAUAGCUGACUGGUCACCUCAAGUAAAACCUACCAUGAGAGACUUUGAGCCGCCGGUGUUGGAAUUUUCGAAGGAUGGCAAAACCAUCCAGACAGGCUACGGUCGUAUUGAUGUUAGGAUAUUCAAGGGAGAAUUAAACCAUUCUGAUGACCUCAGUUUAUACAUAGAUGGUGCCUGGAUUCUUCGAGGUCGACAAAGGGUUAUGAUGAUCCCUCAUGAAUAUCGAGUUAGUUGCGCAUUCGCGGCAGAUGAUACUCUAUUCAUGGGGUUCGAGUCUGGCGGUUCCGGUUCCAUUACAUUUGAUGGAACUAGGAAAAUAACUCACGGGGGUUGA